UGGGGUCUGCGAGGGAUCUAUACACACUGUUAGGUAUUGGCUCUUUCUGUUCGUUUCUUCUUUUUUUCUCUGGUUCGUUCGUUCGUUGAUGGCGUUCGAGCUCAGCUUUCUCUCCCACUAUUUGGCGGGAACGGGAACAUCGGGAGAAUUCUGGCUGGAGAAGGAGGCUGGAGGAUGGGCCACCGUGCUCGUUGUCCUCUUCCUCUUCGCCUACCAUUUCUUCAGAUCCUUCUACGCCCUUCGCCGCCGCUGCCAUCUCUCUGCAAUCCCCCAAUAUCCCAUGGUCCAUCGUCCUUCGCCAAAAGCGAAUUCUUCAUCAGGGAUAUCAAAGUUCAUAACUGAGGGUGAUUUAAGAGACUUAAUAAGUGGUUUGGAAGGGAAGCUUAAUGACGAGGAGAGAUGGGAGGAUGUUAUAGAGAAAAAGAAUGGUCAUGUAUCCUACAUGGCCAAGUCCUGCAGACCUAAGGAUGGUCCUCUGAAAUACCUUAGUGUCACAAGAUUUGAGAAAUGUUCCACAGACUUGUUAAGGGAUUUCUACAUGGACAAUGAAUACAGGAAAGAAUGGGACAAGACUGUGAUUGAGCACAAGCAAUUAGAGGUCGAUGAAACUAGUGGCACAGAAAUUGGCCUGACCCUCAAAAAGUUUCCAUUCCUAACAGCAAGAGAGUAUGUGCUAGCAUGGCGUGUGUGGGAAGGUGAUGACAAGACCUUCUAUUGUCUUAUAAAGGAUUGCGACCACCCUCUUGCACCACAGCAAAAGAAGUUUGUCCGAGUGCGAAGCUUCAUAUCUGGUUGGCGUAUCAAGAAAGUCCCUGGUAGGGAUGCAUGUGAGGUCACAGUGGUGCACCAGGAAGACGCUGGCAUGAACACAGAGAUGGCAAAGCUGGUUUUCUCAAAGGGUAUAUGGAGUUAUGUCUGUAAGAUGAGCAAUGCGCUUCAUGAAUAUUCUUCCCGAAAUCGGAGGCAGUCUUCCUCAGUUUCUACUCUUCUGAAGAUUAUUAAAAAGGUACCACCGGAACUGCAGAAUGAAACUGAGAUUGAGAACCCAGAGAGACGGCAACUGUCCAAUGCAUCAACAUCAAACUACAAUGGAAGGCCGUCCAAUCCAGAGAAAUGCAAAUCAUCCCAUACAUCAACAUCAACAUCAACAUCAGACCACAAAGGAAAGCCUUUGAAGAAGUGGGUUAACAGGCUGCUCCUAAUUGGUGGCAUUGUUUGCUUGUCUCGUGGGCGGUCCACACUAGGCACCCAGGUUGCCAUGGCUGUCGUAUUGAAGCAGCUCAUGAAAGGCCAGGUUGUCCCAGCACCAGCUCCAGCGUUACAUGGUUGAUCAGCUACCUAAUAUUACUUUAAUAUUUUGCUUGUGACAAGGUAAAUCUUACUGUUCCUUGUGUAAUUAUUGUCUUACAUUUUCAAAAGGGAAACUAGUCAUCAUUACUAAUGGAAGAAUGGAUCCUGGAACUGGAAGGAUCAUUGGUGUAAAAAGCCAAGGGUGCGCCAUUUCCGGUCAGUUUCAUCUGCAUGAUAAAGUUGAGUUGAAGUAUAUGAUUCAUUGCGAAGUGCACUGUUUGUUUGUAAAAGAAUGGAAUUGAGGAGGAAUUAGUUAAAAAUGAGAAUAAAGGGGAAUGGAUUAGGAAUAGAAAAAAAACUGUGUUUGGUUGGAGGGUAUGGGAGAGUAAUUCAUUGGGAAUGAGAAAAGUAAAAAGAAG